CAAAACUUUCUCCGCUGAUCACAGGAGAAGCAGGGCAGCAGGAAGACCGGCUUCUGAAUCCUACAACACCGCGGAGACUCACUGACGUGGAAACAUGCCUCUGCGGUUGGACAUCAAGCGGAGGCUGACAGCUCGGUCGGACCGGGUGAAGAGUGUGGACCUGCACCCCACCGAGCCCUGGAUGGUGGUCAGCCUGUACAGCGGCACUGUGGUGGUCUGGAACCAUGAGACACAGGCGAUCGUGAAAACCUUUGAGCUGUGUGAUCUGCCGGUCAGAGUGGCCAAGUUUGUAGCCAGGAAACACUGGCUCAUUGCCGGAUCAGAUGACAUGCAGAUCCGUGUGUUCAACUACAACACUCUGGAGAGAGUCUACAUGUUCGAGGCUCACUCUGACUACAUCCGCUGUAUCGCUGUCCAUCCUACACAGCCCUACAUGCUCACCAGCAGUGAUGACAUGCUGAUCAAGCUGUGGGACUGGGACAGGAAGUGGGUCUGCAGUCAGGUGUUUGAGGGACACACUCACUACGUCAUGCAGAUUGUCAUCAACCCCAAAGACAACAACCAGUUUGCCAGUGCCUCUCUGGACAGAACUAUUAAGGUGUGGCAGCUGGGCUCCAAAACUCCAAACUUUACUCUGGAGGGCCAUGAGAAGGGAGUGAACUGUAUCGAUUACUACAGCGGAGGGGACAAGCCGUACCUGAUAUCAGGGGCUGAUGAUCGCCUUGUAAAGAUCUGGGAUUAUCAGAACAAAACUUGUGUUCAGACCCUGGAGGGUCACGCUCAGAAUGUGACCUGCGUCAGCUUCCACCCCGAGCUGCCAAUCAUCCUCACAGGCUCAGAGGACGGCACUGUUCGAGUGUGGCACUCCAACACCUACCGACUGGAAAACACACUCAAUUAUGGCAUGGAGCGGGUGUGGUGUAUCAGUGGCCAGCCGGGCUCCAACAGCGUGGCUCUGGGCUACGAUGAAGGCAGCAUCAUCAUCAAGCUGGGCCGGGAGGAGCCGGCCAUGUCCAUGGACUCCAGUGGGAAGGUGAUGUGGGCUCGACACUCCGAGGUGCAGCAGGCCAACCUGAAGGCGUUGGGGGACACUGAGAUAAAGGACGGAGAAAGGCUCCCACUGGGUGUCAAAGACAUGGGCAGCUGUGAGAUUUACCCACAGACCAUUCAACACAGCCCCAACGGGAGAUUUGUGGUGGUGUGUGGAGAUGGGGAAUAUAUCAUCUAUACCGCUAUGGCCUUGAGGAACAAGAGCUUCGGGUCUGCUCUGGAGUUUGUCUGGGCUCAUGACUCCUCACAGUAUGCCACCAGAGAAGGCAGCAGUAUAGUGAAAAUAUUUAAGAACUUCAAGGAGAAGAAGACUUUUAAACCUGACUCUGGGGCUGAAGGUAUCUUUGGUGGCUUCUUACUGGGAGUCAGAUCAAACAGUGGUCUGGCCUUCUACGACUGGGAGAACGCCGAACUGAUCCGCCGAAUUGAGAUCCAGCCUAAAUAUAUCUUCUGGUCUGACUCUGGGGAGCUGGUGUGCAUCGCUACAGAUGAGUCUUUCUUUGUGCUGCGCUACCUACCAGAGCAAGUGGCAGCAGCCCAGGAGUCCAAGGCAGAGAUGACAGAAGAUGGAAUAGAGGACGCCUUCGAGGUGCUGGGGGAGGUCCAGGAGGUGGUGAAGACGGGGGUUUGGGUGGGAGACUGCUUCAUCUACACCAGCUCUGUAAACAGACUCAACUACUAUGUUGGAGGGGAGAUCAUCACCAUAGCUCACAUGGACAGGACCAUGUAUCUGCUGGGCUACAUCCCAAAGGACGACCGUCUCUACCUCGGGGACAAGGAGCUGAACAUCAUCAGCUACGCCCUGCUGCUUUCUAUGCUGGAGUACCAGACGGCUGUCAUGAGGAAGGAUUUCAGCACAGCAGACAAGGUUCUACCCACAAUCCCUAAGGAGCAGAGGACCAGGGUGGCCCUCUUCUUGGAGAAACAGGGCUUCAGGCAGCAGGCCCUGGCUGUGUCCACCGACCCAGAGCACAAGUUUGAACUCGCUCUGCAACUGGGAGAGCUCAAAACAGCCUACCAACUGGCAGUGGAGGCAGAGUCAGAACAGAAAUGGAAGCAGCUGGCUGAGCUCGCGACUACAAAGUGCCAGUUUAGCCUGGCUCAGGAGUGUCUGCACCAAGCGCAGGAUUACGGGGGAUUAUUGUUGCUGGCCACCACCUCGGGCAACGCAGACAUGGUGGGCAAGCUGGCAGAGGGGGCAGAGAGGGAUGGGAAGACCAACGUGGCCUUUAUUACCUUCUUCAUGCAGGGGAGACUGGACAAAUGUCUGGAACUUCUAAUCAAAACCGAUCGAUUGCCAGAGGCGGCAUUUUUGGCAAGAACAUAUAUGCCCAGCCAGGUCCCAAGGGUGGUGAAGCUGUGGAAAGACAGUCUGUCCAAGGUCAACCAGAAAGCAGCAGAUGCUCUGGCUGACCCCACCCAGUACAGCAACCUGUUCCCUGGCCUCCAGCAAGCCCUGCUGGCUGAGCAGUACCUGAAGGAGACUCAUGUCGGGGUCAGGCCUGCUGCAGAAUACCCGCUCGUUACGCCAAACGAGGAUUGUAAUGUUCUGGAGGAAUCUGCUAGAUUUAUGCCCAAAGGAGACUUCACUGAGCCAGAGAAAAUGGUGGAGAGUGUGAGCGAAAUCCUCGUAUCAACAGUGGCAGAAACUGCACAUUCAGAAGCAGCAGUGGAGGAGGAGCUCAUUCCACUAAACCAGGAGUGCACUCAUCCUGAUGCAGAAACAGAAGAAACAUCUCUCCCAACAGCCUCUGUUCCUGACACCGGAGCUGAAGAACCUGUUGAACCAGAACAAGCACAACCAGCGUCUUGUGAGGUGGAAGCAGUAGAGGAGGACACUGCUGCUGAAGCAGAUACUUUAGUCUCUGUAGAGGAACAAAUUGUGCAGGAGCCUGUAAUUGAGCUUCCUGCAAAAGAGCCAGAGAUGGAAGUUGUGGAAGAUGUCAAAUCCAUUGAGGUCGAUGUUCAGGAAACGUCUCAGUCAACAGAAGCUCCACCUAAUGUUGAGGUUGCUGCAGCAGAAACCAUCAUGUUGACAGAAGAAGCACCAAGUGAGCCAGCAGUAGCAGUAGAGGAUGUCCUGGUUAGUACCAGUCUGACAGCCGAUGCUGUAGUCACAAGUGAGGAAAUGACCACUUACGAAGAGCUGAAGACAGAUCUCUUCUCCUCAGAAGUUCCUCCCCUGAUGGACUUUGGAGCAGCAGAAACAAAAGAGACGUCUGUUACUGAGGAACUUGUUACAGAAACAGCACAUUCACAGGUAGCAGUAGAGGAGCUCAUCUCUUUUGAAACCAUAAACAGUCCAUUGCUGGAUGAACCUGUUCCGAUCCAAACUUUCCAACAGUUGGCCCUUGAUCCACUGCUAGACUCACUUGGAGAUAUGUUGCCAGUAUUGAAACCAGUUCCAACACAAGAAUUAGAGCAAGAGGAACAAACCGCAGCACUUCCGGAAAAGCCGGAGGGCAAACCGGAGUCUGCGAUUCUUCCACAGGCUGAGCCAGAGGUUUCAUCCCCUGCAGCAGCUCCUGCAGAGGAGGAAGAGGAGGCAGGUCCUGAGGGAUCCGAGGAGCCGGCAGAGGACCUCGAGGCAGAGAUGAAUGACGAGGCUCUGGAUGAUCUGGAUCUGGACAAUUUUGACCUGGAAGACAUCGACACCACAGAUAUCAACCUCGAUGAGGACUUCUUGGGCGAUUAGAAAAAGCAAAACUUCGCAUUUUUUCUGCAAGCCAGUUUUCCUCAGUGACCAAAUAACAGAAAGGGCCAUUAUUUAUGGCAAAAACAAGCCGUCAACACAUCAUACUGCCUUUGAAUAUUAAUAAACAAGCAUCUGCUUUCUUGUUUGUUGGCUAAAAUAGUCAUUUGUAAGAUUUACUGUAACUUGUAAUUCCUACAGGGAUUCCCACAUUCAUGCUACUGCGGGCACAAAUUGCAUAAAUUAUUGUGUAAACAUGAUAAACCAAUUCUGAUGAGGCAGGCUGUAAUUAAGCUCUAUGUAAACCCAUUCAGUAGGGUCUUGUAGAAAAAAAAAAAACAGGAGACAAACAGGGAUUACCGAAAGCUCUUAUUAGCGUACUUUCACAUAAAUAACUGGGGGUUUCCUGUAUCUCAUUCCUAAGUGGAUUUUGCUCUACUUGUUGACAGCAAUGUAAACUAUCAUUAUUAAAGAAAGCCUUCUAAUACCUCAUAGCACUGCUGUUGAUCAGGGUGUCGACAAAGCCAUUGAAUUAGAACAGUAUUUUAUACAUUUCUAUGCAGCACAACUCUUCUGAAUUACUUUUUUAAAUGUAAAAUAAAUUCCAACAUUUUAAGCAAGAAAAGGUAGUGUACACUCCUUAUUUGGUUCUAUUCUUGGCUUCAUUUGCUUUUUGUUGUUGAUCUCCUCGAUGCAUGUUUAUCUCUCAAACCCAAGGUGAAAACAUGGUGCUGUUCUUAGGUCAGCAAAUAAACUAAAACCUUAUUCCAGUUACUUUUUUUGUUGCUCCUUCUCUUUUUGAAUAAACAGAUAAUUGAUGCUA